UCCCUUCAGUUUUCCCUCAGAGUGGAGGUUGGUCCGGAUCAAACAGCGUAAUUACUCUGUGGUUUCACCUGCUCUGCAUGGAGGGAUUAUUUGUUUUUAUUUAUUUGUUUUUUUUUUUCAAAUGUUGGGAUACAAUUUAUAUUGAUGGACAAAACUAACUUUCUCCACACCUUGGUUAAGUUCUACUGAUUGUUCAGUUUGCGGGCGGCCACUGACUGUUUUUUCUUUUUUUUUUUCUUUUUUUUUUUUGCGCUGUGGUGUUUUAUUAAGUUUGGCCCCCCUCAUGCGCAACUCUAACAGCGCGCAUCGGCUGCUCAGACUCAGAGCGGUCGGAACAACAGCGGGGCGAAGUGGGAACAGUCAGUCAGCGCUGAUUCACGACUUAGGCUACUUGUUCUGAGGGUCUUUCAGGAAGAGAACGGCGGAUUCUCAAGGCGGUGGUUUUAUUCGAGCAUUUGGAUUGCCACUGUUGGAUCUAAAGAAUGUGUCGCUACCUCGGCUCACCUGAUCGGCAGCCAGAAGGAAAGUGGAUCAGUCCGACGAGUUCUUCUGGGAGUUUAUUUUAAUUCCAGCAACAGUUGACUAAAUCUUCAAAAAAGACAUCCAAGAAGCGCAAUGAUUUUAACUUUGGUAUUUAUUUUGUCCAUUUUGGAUUCGUUGUUCACCUUGAAAGGUGACGGCGGCUCAGCCUCCCGUGCUGCCCGUCUGGACUGCGUGAAGGCCAGCGAGCAAUGUCUGAAGGAGUACUCCUGCAGCACCAAGUACCGGAUGAUGAGGCAGUGCGUGGCGGGGAGGGAGAGCAACUUCAGCGCGGUCACCGGUCCCGAGGCGCAGGGCGAGUGCCGCAGCGCCAUAGAAGCCAUGAAGCAGAGCUCCCUGUACAACUGCAGGUGCAGGAGAGGCAUGAAGAAGGAGAAGAACUGCCUCAGGAUCUUUUGGAGCAUAUUUCAGAGUUUGCAAGGUAAUGAUUUACUGGAAUACUCUCCAUAUGAACCAGUCAAUAGCCGGCUCUCAGACAUCUUUCGCUUGGCUCCCAUCAUAGCUGCCGAGCCUGCAUCCACGAAGGAGAACAACUGUCUGAGUGCUGCCAAGGCCUGUAACCUGAACGACACGUGUAAGAAAUAUCGCUCGGCUUACAUCAACCCCUGCACUAGCAGGGUGUCUGCUUCUGAGGUCUGCAACAAGCGCAAGUGCCACAAGGCUCUACGACAGUUCUUUGACAAGGUUCCAGCUAAAUACAGCUACGGGAUGCUGUUUUGCUCCUGUCCAGCGGGAGAUCAGACGGCCUGUGCGGAGCGCAGAAGGCAAACCAUCGUACCGAUCUGCUCCUAUGAGGAUAAAGACAAGCCCAACUGCCUUUCUCUGCAGAACACCUGCAAGACCAACUACAUUUGCAGAUCCAGGCUGGCGGACUUUCUCAGCAACUGUCAGCCUGAAGUUCGCUCCAUCUCCGGCUGUCUUCGGGAGAACUACGCCGACUGCCUGCUCUCUUAUUCAGGCCUUAUUGGUACGGUGAUGACUCCCAAUUACGUGCGGUCUUCUGGCAUCAGCCUGUCGCCGUGGUGUGACUGCAGCAGCAGCGGGAACAGCAAGUCAGACUGUGACAAAUUUGCCGAGUUUUUCACCAACAACCGAUGUCUCCGUAAUGCCAUCCAGGCGUUUGGGAACGGUACUGAUGUUGGAGUGUGGCAACCCCAGCCGCCAAUUCACCCCACUGUAGAACCAGGCACCACUCGCAGGGGGAAAUCUUGGACAAACAAUGUUCUGGACGUGCUGACGGACUCCAAUCAGCUGGGCGCCAAUAGCGACUCGUAUCACAUCUGUGGAACCCUGCAGGUCCAAAAUCUGGUGUCAAAUCAAACAGCGAAAGCAGCUUUUUGUCCGAACCACCAGCUGGACGAGUCCGGCGCUUCGAACGCCAUCGCUGGAAGCUCCCCAGCUGAACCGCACCAGUUACAUCCCUCAACCUUUGGGCUCGCACUGGCCUCAGCAGCGUUACAGCUCGGGAGUUCACUGUUUCUGUAGGAGCCGAGAAGCGAGCGUCAACCUUCCGGUCUCAAGAAGCGGCCUGAUUCAUUUUAAUUCACUCACCGAACUGGAACCUCAACGUUCUUCUGAAGUCAUAGCCACUCGUGGAUCAGAUUUGUGGAUAACUGUCACCGAGAUGUCAGCUCAUUUGCCUUCCGAAGCCCUGUGGAAGUAAUUUGCAAAGACCUUGACUAAAAAAAAAAAAAAGAAGAUGAUUCAAGCCCUGUAUAUUUGACUGAGUGAAGUGCCAAACAGGUGAAAACUGCUGCAGGCAUGAAGUCAUGCGAUCUCUGCUUGAUUUGUGGUAGUGGAGGGCAAACCAAAAGCUAAAGGUGUGGAACCGUGGACACACAACACAUGUCAUAGAUGCAUUGCUCGGAAUAUGAUGACCAAGGUCAUUCAAACGUCCAUUUUGUCUGAAAAUCUACCAACGACAAAGACGGCUCUGCCAUAAAGUGCGUACCAACCCUCUCUUCUACAUGUCCAGCGUUAGGUGUAGAGCAGCUCUGUAGAUCUGGUCGUCAAGGUGGUUUGUGGCUUUUUAUCAUAUCCACCUCAUUUUGUACAUAAAAUAUACAGGCGCGCGCAAUGUUUCCAGUUUGCUGCUGUUAGCUUGUAAAGAAUAUUGUCUGUAACAUUUUGAGAGUGUACAUUAGUACAGGUGCCUGAGGUCCCUCAGCUCUACCCAGCCUAGUUGUGAUUUAUGAAAUGUGAUGAGAUGUGCUUCUUUUUCUCGCGUGGCUACAGAGCUGACUUCAUUGUGUGAAUAUAUUUUGAUGGAAAGUGCAUAAUUUCUCUUAAUUAUCAAAGUAUUUGUAAAAGUAAUGCAAAGAAUUGAGUGGGGGGAAAAAAAAAGAGUCAAGUAUGUUUUGCCGGUCUCAUCCAGACACUCGAGGACCACACAGUUCUAUUUUGUUCACCCCUCCCACAACGUUGUAAUUUCUUUGUAAAGAGCAGAAGAACAAGGGUUUGAUGAAUAAACAAUGUGUAAAUACCCACAAGCAGAGUUAAUGUCAAAAGACAAAAGCCAACAGGCAUUAAUUGCCAGCAAUUAGCGCUGGUCUGAACGGAGGCAGAGAUAAAAACACAUUCUUAGUUUGUACUUAAUGGCUCGAGUUAACACAGCCUUUCAGAGAAUGUACAACACAAUAAAGGCUCAUUUUUAAACAUC